AUGGCGGUGACGGCGGACAGGGUGCGCGAGGAGGGCGAGGACGCGGGCAAAAGCGGCGACGGGGGAGGGGGGGCGGCAGGAGGGCGGACGUGCCUGGUGCAAGGGUACCUGCUGAAGCGGUCAGAAACGCUGCACCUGUGGAACCAGCGCUGGUUCGUGCUGGACCCCACCACCGCGCGCAUGGAGUACCGCAUGCAGCGCAGCGACGUGUACCCACGCGGGCACAUCGUGUUCGACGCCGACAGCACCAUCACCGUUUCGCCCCUCAACUUCCAUGGAGCCAAGCAAUACGACGGCUGCUGCUUCUACGUGGGCACGGCGGGCAAGAAGGAGUACUUCCUGUGCGCGGAGACGCCAGAGGCCGCCAGGGCAUGGGUCGUCACCAUCAGGGCAGCAGCACAAGUGUUGAGGGCGCACCGAGCGGCCGUCAGUCUGCUGGGAUCCGCCUCCGGCCCUGCUGUCUCUGGGGCAGUGGCAGCGGCAACAGCAGCAGCAGAGGAGGCGGCGGGGCAGGCGCAGAGGAACGUGGCGGUGGCGAAUGAGAGGGCGCUGCAGCACGGCGCUGCCACCGCCUUCUUCUCCCUGGGUGCCCCCUCCCCCGUGCAAGCCGCCGCUCUCACUCCCACCAGCAUCGCUUCUGCUGCUGCCGCCACCACCGCUGCUGCUGCUGCUGGCGCUGGCGCUAGUGGGAGUGCGCAUGCAGCCAUGGGGAAUGGGCGUGGGGGUGCUGGCGGGGUGGAGGGCGGUGCUGUAGCACCCUCUGGGGACAGCGUGCACCUGCUCAAGGUGAUUGCCCUGCACACUGCACAGAUGUGUGCUUGGGAAGGUGCAUGUUCAUGUGAGGACGGAACCCAUGCGUUCCAUGCAUGCGUGGGGCCCGCUGCACCCGAGACGCUGCGGGUGAAGGACGAGGAGAUCCAUGCGCUCGCCCUGGCGCUGCGCCACCGCGACUCCGCCAUCGCUGACCUCACCCGCCGCCUCGACGACGCUGCCGCCGCCGCUGAUGUCGCGGCGGCAGCAGCGGCGCAGGCAGCAAGGGAGCGGGACGAGGUGCGCGCGGCUGCAUGCAAGCUGUGCGACGACCUGGAGGCGCGGUUUGAGCGGUCGGAGCAGCAGCAGGCGGGCAGCAAGGCGGGGCGGGUGGCAGCAGAGCAGGAGGCAGAGCGGGCGCGGGCGCAGGUGGCGCAGCUGCAGGUGGCGCUGGUGGAGGCGAAGGCAAGGGCCGAUAGGGAGGAGGCGGGCAGGCGGGCCGCUGAGGGGGAGAUGCUGCACUGGAAGGCAGAGGCAGAGAGGUUCGUGACUGCAGGGCUCGCAUCACUCACACCUUCGUGUCCAUCCACCACCGCUUCUGCCAUUGCAGCAGGCACGGCAGCAGGCAGAGAGCCUUUAUCUAGUUCCACACCUUCCACUUCCACAUCCCUGCCUGCCCCUCCUUUUCAUCCAACCACCCUGCCGCCAGCUGAUCCUCCUCUCACGUCCCCCAUCCCUAUGCCCUCGCUCUCGCCAUCACCGUCCUUCCUGACACCUGUGCCUCAUACUGCGAGUGCAUGUGCCGUUCCUGCUGUGGACCCGCACCCUGCCCCUCUCACUGCCCUGCAUACUCCACCCACCGUAACAGCUGUACUGCCAGCAGCAGCAGCAGCAGCAGCAGCAGCAGGAGGAGGAGGAGGAGGGGCCUUGUCUAAUGCUCCAGUAACAGGUGAUGGAAAUUCUGAUGGUAACACUGCUACACUUGCUGCUGCUCCUGUUGGCGAGGCAAGUGCAGCAGAUGCUGCCGCAAAGGCAUUCACGCAUAUGAGCACCACUGAUGCUGCACUUAGUGUCGCCUCCACCAAAUACUGA